UUCCAUCCUGGUGCCAUGUCGGACAGCCCCAAAUUCCCAUUUUCCCCGCAGUAUUCCCUGGAUAACACCCGGGACAUGUCCAUUGCCCACCUGUGCGGGAUCGUCGUGUCCUUCGCCCGCCUCAACUUCCAGCCCAGCUCCGGCGAGGAAUUCUUCUCCAUGGUCCACGAGCAGCUCCAGGGGCAGGUGCAGCAGCUGGAUCCUCACGUGCUGACAGAUGUGGUGUGGUCACUGUGUGUCCUGCAGCAGGCCCAGCCCCCCUACCUGCGCCAGGUGCUCGCACCUGAGUUCCACACUCGCCUCCGAGGUGAGGGCACCGCGGUGGCCUUCGUGCGCUGGGAGUUCCCGCAGUUCAGCUCGCGGGGCCGGGAGCUGCUGGGCCGGGGGGCUCUGGCACGGCGGCACCUGCGCAGGGCCGGCUUCCUGCUGGUGGAGGUGCCCCACUACGAGUUCCUGGAGCUGAAGCUGGAGCGGCAGCGCGUGUCCUACCUGAGGGACAAGGUGGCCAAGGCUGUGGCCAGCGACAUGGCCACCGACACGGCCCCCGACACGGCCGCCUAGCCCUGCCCGGGGGCCGCCUCGCCCUGCCGGGGGGCCGUGCCACUGUGCCAAGGUGACCGGGUCACCGCACCGAGGUCACCGGGUCACCACGCCGAGGUGGCCGAGUCGCCGUGCCCAGGUGGCCACGUCACCGCACUGAGGUGGCCACUCACCAGGUCACUGUGCCCAGGUGGGGCCGGGUGGCCACAGCGAGGUCCUCGUGUCCCCACGUGGCUCCAGCGUUGCUGCUCCGUGUCACAAACGGCUCAAAUAAACCCCAGAUGUACAGGGA